GCGGUACAGCUGGGCCAGUGACGCGGAAACUGCUGCUGCCGCCGCCGCCGCCGCCGCCGCCGCCGCGUUCCAUUCUCCUAAGCCGGCGACAGCCUGUUUCCCGACUCCUGCUUCCUCGUUUUGCAGCGCCGCCCGGCGCCAGCCAGACAAGGGUACGCGGGGUCUCGCCCAGACCCUAGAGGGCCGCGGGUACGCGCAGGCAGCGGAGCUGAUUCCUGCGCGGUGGAAGGUGCGAGCGCCCCCAUCCCGGAGGUCGCCACGCCGUUCCCCGGGCAAGGCAGACACAAGGUGCAGCACUCAAGGAUGCUGAAGGGAGUACACACAGUGAAAGGUGAAUCUACCCUGGGCUGACUUCAGAGUUCUUACUUCUGGCUUUUAAUUUUUUUUUUAAAUAACUUGCACGGAUAAAAGAUGUGCCAUGGCAGGAUAGCACCAAAGAGCACCUCAGCGUUUGCCUCGGCCUCUGUAGGACAUGGAGUCUUCCUUCGGCUGGUGAUUCUCAGCACCCUCCUUGGAGACGGACUCGCCUCAGUGUGUUCCCUGCCCCCGGAGCCAGAGAAUGGUGGCUACGUCUGUCACCCCCGUCCCUGCAGAGACCCCUUGAACGCGGGCAGCGUCAUCGAGUACCUGUGUGCCGAAGGCUACAUGUUGAAGGGCGAUUACAAAUACCUGACGUGUAAGAACGGCGAGUGGAAACCAGCUAUGGAGAUCAGCUGCCGGCUCAACGAGGACAAAGAUGCCCAUACGUCACUCGGGGUCCCCACGCUGUCCAUCGUGGCUUCCACUGCCAGCUCUGUGGCACUCAUCCUCCUCCUCGUGGUGCUGUUCGUGCUGCUGCAGCCGAAGCUGAAGUCUUUCCAUCACAGCAGGCGUGACCAGGGGGUAUCUGGGGACCAGGUCUCCAUCAUGGUGGACGGAGUCCAGGUCGCGCUGCCGUCGUACGAGGAGGCUGUGUACGGCAGUUCCGGUCACUCUGUGCCGCCCGCCGACCCCAGAGUGCAGAUUGUGCUGUCCGAAGGGUCUGGGCCCGGUGGGAGGAGCGGGCCGCGGGAGCAGCAGCUGCAGGACCAGGGGGCCUGCUCCUCUGCAGGUGGAGAGGAGGAGGCCCCGGGCCAGUCUGGACUCUGUGAAGCCUGGGGCUCCCGGGGCUCGGAGACUGUGAUGGUGCACCAGGCCACCACCUCUUCCUGGGUGGCCGGCUCAGGGAACAGCCGAGUGGCACACAAAGAAGCCCCGGAUUCAGAGAACAGUGACAUGCAAAGCCUUUUAUCUCUCACGUCGGAGGACUACACAGACGAUAUCCCACUGUUGAAAGAAGCAUGAGGGCUGCCACUGGCUUCUCUCCUCUCUGCCCUUCCUCCCUCUCCCUGUGGGUUUGAGCACCGUGUACUCCAGCCACCCUGCCCGGAUACCUGAGCUGCCACCUGUGUAUCUGUAUUUCUGAGGGCCUGUGGGCCCACCUUGCUGGAAACUCAAGGAAGAGUCUCGCCAUCUGCCCACUGGACAGCUGGAGGAGCUGGUUUUUGCCUGGCCCGGCCUUCCCAUCUGCGUCGGGGACAUAUUUGAAUGUGUUGACUGAACCCUUCCUUCCCUCGAGCCCUCUGGGUCCCCUCCAGCCAGCUCUUCGGUGGCAGCCCCACCAGCCCACGUGGGCCUCGGAGCUGCUGUGUUUACUUGUGCCUUCCUCCCUCCCCAUCCAGUUUCCCUGUCACGCAGGCUUGUUGCCGUUCUGCAAGCCUUCAGGGCCGCACUGCUGCCCCUGCCUCACGGGAUCGGGCCUGGGUCUGGCUGUUUCCUUUGAGGGCUGGCACCGCUGCCCUCCGCAGGAGCAGAUCCAAGAGGGGCUCGAACUGGGGCAAGAGUGUGGGGCCCGGGCCUGCCCUUGGUUGACAUCAGUGACGCAUUGCCUUGGCUGAGGAUGGAGGCUGUGGAAAAUCACGCCACAGCCAUCCCAGCGCCCAGCUGUCUAGCUCAGAGGGGGCAGCUCUGGCCCUGUUGAGUCAAGUUUCCAAGAAGCAUCCAGAAGAUCCCAAGGGAGGAAAGGAAGGUGGCUGAUAAUGAUUGUCUUCCUAAUA